AUGCCAACCAAAAACGUUGCUGCUAAACGAACGUCCGAAACAGCCUCAACAUCUCUAAAAGAUUGUUCAAACAACAUGAUGUCAGCGUCCGAAGCCGUUCAUAGUUGCCAAGCUGAUGGAUGCAAGCUCCCGGACUCUAGCCGGAUGGUGGCGUGCGACGUAUGUGACUCUUGGUGGCAUUACGAGUGCGCGGGUGUUGACGAUAGCAUUGCGGAUAAGGAUUUCGUUUGUAUCCGAUGCUCCGCACCAACCGAGAAGCAGACCACUAUUAUCGCCCCGGCAAAAUCACUUACCGGCUCGAUGUCUUCGGCAAGCUCCACUGGAAGACGGGCUAAGCUUAAACUGCAGAAGCUGGAGGAGAUGAAGGUACUCCAGGAGAAGCAACUAGAGCUUGACCAACGUAAACUUAAUCUGGAGAAAGAUUUCCACAAUGAGAAGUUCCGGGUUCUCGAGGAGGAAGUAGCGGACGAGGAAGAACGGCAAAGCCGGAAAUCCAAUCGAAGCAACUCGAGUCAAAUAAUCCAGUGGAAAGUGGAUAAACUCCUAGGCAGCGUAGCGAAUUCAACUGUUAUCCCGCUUGCCAAAGAGGCAGUUCCUACCGUGAUGACGACAAACGAUGCGAUAUGCGUGGGUGGUAUCCAGGCUCCUGUUGAGCUUCAAGCGGCUCUUGUUUCUACAAUACCGAAGCAAACUAGCGUAUGUUUAUUCCCUAUUCCGCGACUGCCGUGCAACAGCCUUUCGGGUGACCCCGAAGACUGGCCACUCUUUAGCAGCGUGUACUACAAUACGUCUCAAGCUUGCGGAUAUUCCAAUGUGGAAAACUUGUCUCGAUUACAGCGUUGUCUAAGAGGACCAGCAUUGGAUGCCGUGAGUAGCUACUUACUAUCCCCAUCUACUGUUCCCAUGGCAAUGGAAAACUUGACAACCCUGUACGGCCGUCCCGAGAUCCUGGUUUACACACUUCUGAAGAAGCUGAAGGAGACACCACCACCAAAACCCGAUAGACUCGAUUCCUUGAUUUCCUUCGGUAUGUUGGUGCAAAGUCUGGUUAAUCACAUCGAGGCUGGUCAACAAACAGCACACUUGAAUAAUCCGACAUUACUCUUCGAGCUUGUAGAAAAGCUGCCGGUCAAUAUUCAAAUGGACUGGGGAAUAUAUAAACAACAGUUCUUGGAGCCAAAUUUACGAGUCUUUGCGACGUUCAUGUCGAUCUUGAUCAAAGCAGCUACACAAGUGACGUUGCCAAAGAGCGCGAAACCAGAUCCAAAAGGGACUAAAUCGGAAAGGGGAAAAGAACGUGGCUUCUUACAUGCACACGCUGAACAAAAUUUUACCUCUGCAUCAGAAAAGGAGAGCAGAGAGCCGACAACAAGCGAUCCUAAAAAGUGCAAAAUUUGUUCCAGAUCUGGGCACAAGAUUCCCGAAUGUACUGAAUUCCAUAAGAAAACUACUGAAGAGCGUUGGGAUCUCGUACAUAGUUUGUUCCUAUGUCGUACUUGCCUUUACCCGCACGGCAGGCGCCCGUGUAAGCAGAAGAAGGCUUGUGGAGAACAAGGAUGUGACUACAAACACCACCCUCUGCUUCACACAUUCAAACCAUCGUCGCCUGAGGCUGGAACCGUAAAUAACCAUCGUCAUGCGGGAAAAUCUUGUUUGUAUCGUAUACUUCCUGUGAUGCUGCAUAGUAAAAAAGGUUCGGUAAACGUCCAUGCUUUUCUGGACGACGGUUCGUCCUUAACACUCUUGGAAGAAAGCGUCGCGAACCAACUUGGGCUUGAAGGAGAAACGGGAAUGCUAUGUUUAACAUGGACGUCAAAUGUGACACGUGACGAAGCUAAUUCUAAAUGGGUGAACGUAGAUAUUGCUGGAGAUAAAAAAUCACAACAGUACACGCUUUCAAAUAUACGAACGGUUCAAAAGCUCGCCCUUCCUUCCCAAACGUUACAGUACAAGCAAUUGGCUGCAAGAUACCCUCACCUGUCAGGACUUCCGGUUACCGACUACGAAAACGCGAUCCCAAAGAUCCUGAUCGGAAAUGACAACGCCCAUUUGGCGGUCCCACUUCGUAGGCGAGAAAGUGCGAAGGAUUCCCCGAUCGCUACAAAGACACGCCUUGGCUGGACAAUUCAUGGUCCUGUCUCAGAGCAUAACCCAACGAGCCCAACGUACAGUAUGCACAUUUGCGAGUGCUCGAUAAAAUUGGACGGAUUACAUGAUUUAGUCAAGCGGUCGUUCGCGGUAGAAAGUCUGGGAAUCUCCCGACACAGUGAUCCCGAAUCUAAUGACGAUAUAAGAGCUCGGCAGAUCCUGGAGGCAACAACGAAACGAGUAGGGCAAAGGUUCGAAACCGGUUUGUUGUGGCGCUACGAUGUUCUCGAGUUUCCUGAUAGUUUUCCCAUGGCCUACAAACGCAUGCUGUGCCUCGAGCGACGUAUGCAAACUGACGCGAUAAUUGGGGCCAGUGUAAAACGACAGAUUUCCGAAUACAUUGAAAAAGGUUAUUUGCGAGAAGCGACUGUGCUGGAGAUAGACAACACCGAUGUUCGACGUACCUGGUAUCUACCGCUGGGAGUCGUCCUUAACCCCAAAAAACCCGGGAAAGUUCGUAUUUUCUGUGACGCGGCUGCCAAAGUGGAUGGUAUUAGCCUGAAUUCGAUGCUCCUGAAGGGUCCGGACUUGCUAGUUUCACUUCCAAAAGUUUUGUUUGGAUUUCGGGAACGAAGAAUCGCGGUGUGCGCGGACAUCAGAGAAAUGUUCCACCGUGUUCUUAUACGAGACGAAGACAUAAAUGCGCAGCGAAUUCUCUGGCGUGAAGAUCCCUCUCUGCCACCCCGAAUUUUCCUCAUGAAAGUCGCCACCUUUGGAUCUACCAGUUCGCCAUGCUCCGUUCAACACGUGAAAAAUCUUAAUGCGCGAGAGUUUGCAGACAGGUUUCCGGAAGCUGUGGAGUGCAUCCUGAACUACCAUUACAUGGACGAUUUUUUGAAGAGUUUCGACGACGAAAUGGAAGCGGCGAAAAGGUCAUUGGAGGUAAAGUAUAUCCACUCUCAAGCGGGGUUUGAAAUACACUCGUGGUCCUCGAACUCGAAAAAAGUUUUGGACGCCGUAGGAGAAACUGAUCCAACUUCUAUUAAAAAAAUUGCUUUGUGCGACCAAACCGUUACCGCAAGCGCGACGGAGCGCAUAUUGGGGAUGCUGUGGUUGCGUGAGGAAGACGCAUUCACCUAUUCGUCGAACUUAGGGCAUGUUCCUGAAUGGCCGACUAAGCGAGAAGUCCUACGAGUCGUUAUGAGCCUUUAUGAUCCCCUUGGAUUACUUUCGCACUUCAUUGUCCAUGGAAAAAUUCUGAUUCAGGAUAUUUGGCGAACUCAGUCUACCUGGGACGAGCCCAUUUCCGAAACUCUGAAGGCUCGCUGGUCACAGUGGAUUGAUUUGUUUCAGUUUUUGGGAGAUAUUCGAAUCCCUAGACCGUAUUUUCCUGGACAUUCAUCACAUGAACUGAGCCCCCUUCAACUUCAUGUUUUUGUUGACGCAAGUGAGUCUGCGUACGCUUGUGUGUCGUAUCUACGAACGGAAAUAAAUGGGGAAAUAAAAUGCGCGCUUGUAUCGGCGAAAUCAAAAGUGGCCCCCCUGAAAACGUUGUCCAUUCCACGGCUUGAAUUACAAGCCGCGAUCAUCGGAAGUCGUCUGUCGAAGAACGCAGUGGAAGCACAUUCGUUGGCGAUAACUCGAAGGUAUUUUUGGACCGACUCUCGCACCGUUUUAGCCUGGAUCAAUUCUGACCUUCGAAAAUACAACCAGUUCGUAUCCUGUCGCAUCGGCGAGAUCUUGGAAACCACUAGUCCGUGUGAAUGGCGGUGGAUUCCAACCAAAUUAAAUGUCGCUGACGAAGCCACCAAAUGGGGAACUGGGCCAGAAUUUUCAAGCACUGCUCGUUGGUUCAACGGCCCUGAUUUCCUGUACGGACCAGAGAAGAGUUGGCCACUGCUACCGACGGAAUUGAUAGAAGUACCUGAAGAACGUCGAUCACUUAAACGAGAAGUCGUUAACAUUCAUCACGUUCCCGAGGUCAUCGGUUUGACGAUCGAUUGGGGCAAUUUUUCGCAAUGGAACCGUCUACUAAAUGCUAUUGGGUAUGUUUUCCGUUACGUGCACAAUUUUUGUCAAACAUCAAAGCGCCUUCCAGGUAGAAGUGGACAUUUAGAACAAGCUGAGUUGAUCGCUGCAGAGAAGCUGAUUUUUCGAACCAUUCAGAACGAGGUAUAUUCUGCGGAAAUAGCAAUACUAAGAGAGGGAGGCGGUCGACGCAUAAAACGCAAUAGCCCAUUGGCUCAAUUGUCUCCUUUUAUUGACAUAGAUGGAGUUGUACGCAUAGAAUCCAGGAUCAGCGAAGCCGCAUUCAUAUCAUAUGAUACCCGUAAUCCCAUAAUACUUCCCAAAAAACAUCACGCCACCGAGCUGAUCGUUUUGUGGUAUCAUAGAAAGUACUUACACUGCAACACAGAAACGAUCAUCAACGAAUUGAGACAGAGGUUUCACGUGUCGUCAUUGAGGACGAUGGUUCGUCGCAUCCGUAAACAGUGCACACAUUGCCAGGUCUACAAAGCAUCGCCAGCGGUUCCCCGUAUGAGCCCUCUACCAGCAGCUCGCCUUAGAGCUUUUCAUCGACCGUUUUCUUUCGUGGGCCUCGACUAUUUUGGCCCUAUGAACAUUAGAGUAGGACGCAGCACGAAUAAAAGAUGGGUUGCCCUGUUUACUUGUUUGACAAUCCGGGCCGUCCACCUUGAAGUCGUUCAUUCCCUUACCACAACUUCCUGCAAGAUGGCUGUACGACGGUUCGUAGGUCGGCGAGGGCCCCCCGUUGAAAUUUAUUCGGACAACGGGACGAAUUUUUUGGGUGCAAGUAAUGAGCUUAUCGAAGAAUGCAGGGGUAUCAAUAAAGAACUUGCUGAGACAUUCACCAACACCGUGACAAAAUGGUGCUUUAAUCCUCCGUCAGCACCGCAUAUGGGAGGCGCAUGGGAGCGCCUUGUACGAUCGGUAAAAACGGCCUUUUUUGCCAUGACAACAACGAAAACGCCGAAUGAAGAAACUUUUUCUACCAUACUCGUUGAAGCGGAAGCCCUUGUCAACUCUCGGCCUCUAACUUUCGUUUCCAUUGAAGAUGACUCCCAGGAAGCUUCGACUCCAAAUCACUUCCUUCUGCUUAGUUCCAGUGGGGCAGUUCAACCUUCUAUGACAAUGGUAGAUCCUAGGCUGGCCAACAGAGACGAUUGGAAUCACACUCGGCAUCUCGUAGACUUAUUCUGGCAUCGGUGGAUAAAGGAAUAUCUGCCCACCAUCGCUAGGCGAACCAAAUGGUUCGAAGAAGUGAAGCCAAUCGAACCUGGAGAUUUGGUAGUUAUUAUCGACGAAAAUCGGCGGAAUGGUUGGAUUAGAGGGCGCAUUUUGGACGUGGCAAAGGGUUCAGAUGGGAGAGUUCGUCGAGCUACUGUACAAACAUCGAGUGGGAUCUUGAACAGACCGGUAGCGAAGAUAGCGGUUUUGGAUAUCGGUAAGCCAUCGAUGGAUCAUUAG